AUGCGCCUCUGCGAUCAGGAUGGAAACAUCCUGCCCGCGGCCCCCGCUUCACUCUGUCGCAGCGCCGAUUUCACCUUUGCGUUCCAACUUGUUUUCCUCCAGCUUCUGCCCGCACUGCUCUACAUCGCUCUGGGGUCUUUCGACGUCGUUUUCGCCUGGAGCAGGAAGCCUAGGUACCUCUCAACCGCAGCAGGCUCAAACAAGAACAUCUGCGCUCGAAGCACGCUGCUCAGGCUUGCAGCGCCGUGUCUCCUUGCCAUCGUCGAACUUGUGCGCCUCAUCGUCUUUUUGACGACAGACUCUGUCCAGAACGCGCUCGAGCCGGUGCACAGCUUAGUCGUUCCGGCCCUCGCUGCAAAACUUAUUGCUUCAAUCCUUCUCACUUCGCGCGCACACGUCCUGUGGCGCCGUCAAUCACGUCCCAGUACCACGAACGUGGUUUUCUUGACCGUCUGCCUCAUCUUCGAUGCAGUUUGGGUUCGGAGUCUAGCGACAUCUGGGUUUGUCUCAACAGCAGCUUUCGUCGUGUCGGUCAUCGGCGUCGUCGUCUUGCUUGCUUGCCUGGCGGUGGAGUGCCUGUCAAAACGAGAGCUGCUCAUCGACACUUGGACGCAAGGUCGGAUUGACUCGACAAAAGACAAAGACGGCUUCGCCCACCAACACAUUCAGCUGUCCGACGUCAAGCCGUCCCGAGCCCUCACUGCCAACGUCCUUUCGCGUGCUGCUCAUUUCUGGCUCCUACCCACCAUCUGGCGUGGCCACAACACGGAGUUGACCUUGGACCACUUGGAGCAGCCCGACGAUCCAGCCCAAGUGCAAAAUGACAUCGGAGACUUCCAACGCAGAUGGCAGCAUGUCUGCGACAAAAGCGUUGGCGGUCCGGGAUCCAAUGCUCUAGCUUGGACGAUCCUCUACACGUUUCGAGCAACAUUUCUUCGACCUGUACUGCCCAAGCUGCUAUUCAUUGCUGUAUCAUUUGCGCAGCCUUUUUUGAUCGAACGCACAACAUCUUACCUUCGUAGCACGACCCAGCCGCAGAUAGCCGAACCAGGUUACCACGGCUGGGGGCUUGUUGCGGCCUAUGCCUUGGUAUACUCUCUAACAGCCCUGCUUACAGCUCACUACCAGUCGAUUGUCGACGAUUCGGCGUGUAGGGUCCGUCGAACACUCGUUUCGAUCAUCUAUCAGAAAUUCUUGCGACUCAAUCACGAUGCUGCACAUUCGACGGGUGCCGGAGGUGCAACUACGCUCAUCAGCGCCGACAUGGAACGCGUAUGCAACGGCCUCGUAUUGAUCCACGAAUUCUGGGCAUCUCUGCUUCAGAUCGGCAUCGCUCUUUGGCUAGCAUACGAUCAAAUCUCGUAUGCUUUCCUCGUUCCCGUUGUCAUGACCGUGAUCAGCAUCGGGGUCACCACCUACAUCAGUAAUCGGAUGCGUUCCAUUGUCGUGCGAUGGACAAAAGCCAUGCAGAUUCGCGUCAAGACCGUCACACACGUCAUGAACAACAUCACUUCGAUCAAGCUCUCGUCCAGGUUCUCCACUAUCACUCGUCAACUGUCUAUGCUCAGAAAGGCUGAGUUGGCUGCGUUCAAAGCCGCAAUGUGGGUGGCGACGCUAUUGGUGGUAUCGGCCAACGAUUUGGAGAAUUACACGACGCUGCUGACGCUGGUCGCUUACUCGGCCAUCGCCCAGAGCAAGGCUGGACAACAGACACUGGAUACCACCAAGCUGUUCACCGUCAUUUCGGUGCUGACGCUGUUGCGUAAUCCGCUGUUCCUGCUGGCGCAGUAUGGGCCCAUGAUCCUAGCUGCGUUGGGCGCUUCAGUCGGCAUUGGAGACUUCCUGCUGAAACCCGAGCUGCAACAGCGGCACAAUUGCGACGCUGACGGUAAUUCGGCAAACCCUACAAGCUCAAUAGCUGUAGCGAAGAACCUCACCCUCCAUGCUCCUGGCGGUGGUGGCAAGCAGCUCCUUUCCAACGUCGACCUUGUCAUCAACCGUGGUCAAUUGGCUUGCAUCACCGGUGCAACAGGCACGGGUAAGACUACACUCCUUCUUGCCCUCCUCGGCGAAGUCUCUCCACUCAGCUCAGCCGAUAUCACUGUCCAACGCGAUCCUCUACACGGAAUAGCAUACUGCGCACAAUCGGCCUGGCUACAAGAUGCGUCGAUUCGUGACAACAUCCUAUUCCACUCGCCCUUUGACGCCAUCCGCUACAAAGCAGUCCAGUGGUGUUUGGACCUCGAGCAUGAUCUCGCCGUCAUGCCCGACGGUGACGCUACUUCUGUUGGUCCACAAGGCAGCAAACUGUCGGGAGGUCAAAGAAGUCGAGUUGCGCUGGCAAGGGCCUUGUAUAGCAAGAGUCCGCUGGUGAUGCUUGAUGAUCCUUUGGCAGCACUGGACGCCUCGACAAGCGUCAAGGUUGUUUCUCGCCUCUUUGUGCGUCGGCCCGUUGGACAGCAGGUGGAAGCGACAACGUCGGCGGCAACGUUGCUGUUGGGCGGUAGGACGGUCCUACUGGCCUGCCACAAGCUUCCUCCAGGUUUGCAGCCAGACGUGUCCAUCCAGCUCAGCUUUAACAAGAAGACAAGUGAAAGCUUGUCGAAGGUCAAUGUGGAAUAUGCCAACGAGGGUCAGAGCAUCACGUUCCCCCCAUUCAUAUCGGCAGUCGGGUAUGACGAAAGCACCUCCCCUCGUCUGCUCGAGAAAGCUUCGAGCGACGAUCGCAUCAACGACAACACCGAGACGGUCAAAGAGGAUGCAUCUCAUCCACGAUCGCAACUUCAGCCGUGGGCAGCAUUCAAGUUCUACUGUCGCACUGCCGGGUAUGGACGUGUCAUUAUCUACCUCGGCUUUAGCAUCUUCGCUGCCGUCUCUCUGGCAGCGAUCAACCUCUAUCUCUACUUCUGGUCCAACACCAACGAUCGACAUCCCAAUUCCAAGCUCUGGGCGUGGAUCGGAGGAUACGCCGCAGUGGUGACGCUCAAUUCGUUGGCCUUGACAGGACAGAUCUACUACCUUUUCGUACGCGUCGCACAAUCGUGUGCCGACAGGAUGCACUCUUCGCUUCUUUCUUCAACUCUGGCUGCACCGCUGUCGUACUUCCUCAACACCUCAGCGGGCAGUAUUGUGAACCGAUUGAGUCAGGACCUGUUUGUUUCAGACAACGAUAUGACCAAGGCCAUCUUCAACGUAUCUUCCAACCUCGGCGUUGUGCUGGGAAGCGUGAUGCUGCUCUCGUUGGCUUCGCCUUGGUUCCUGCUCAUCCUACCCAUCUUGCUACCAGCGCUCUGGCUGAUCAAGAGCUUCUACUUGCGAACCUCGGGGCAGAUCCGAAAGCUGGACUUGGAGUCCAAGAGUCCGCUGUACACGCUGUUUGGCGAAACGAUCGACGGCAUCGUGACGAUUCGUGCCUUUGCAGGUCACAGGGUCUUUACCAGGUUGAACGAGGUGUUGGUGUCUCGCAGUCAAAGGGCAUUCUUCUUGAAUCUGUCGUUGAUGCGUUGGUUAACCUUGGUAUCUGGCUUGAUCGUCGCGGGUAUCUCGACUGCAUUUUGUUCUCUCAGCGUUGGACUAGCACAGCGCAGUGCGCGAGAGGGAGGCUCAAGUCAGUCUACUGUGGGCUGGGUCGCGGUCGGAUUGACACAGUUGAUGAUGCUGACUGCGGCAAUCACAAUGCUUACCAAGGCGUGGACACAACUCGAACUGUGCCUGGUCGCUAUCGAGCGUCUGCAGCAGGUGGCAACGCUCGAGGCCGAGGCAGACCCCUACAAGGCCCAGUCGACAACGUCUUCAACUGCGUGCUCACUUGGAGCCAAAGUCGUCGCCCGAUCCAUCUGCGUCGAUCACGUUCAUCCUGAAACGGGCCUCGCCACCAAGGUUCUACGUAAUCUUUCCUUCACCUUGCUUCCCGGUGAAAAAGUUGCCGUGGUCGGUCGAACUGCCAGUGGCAAAUCGUCGCUCAUCUCGGCGCUGUUGCGGUUCACACCUCUUUCCGCAGGCAAUAUAUGCCUUGAUGGAGACGAUGCAAGCCAAUUCGGCUUGGCUGGAUGGAGGCAGCGCGUACUGGUGCUACCUCAACAGGCAGUGGUGGUCCCCAGCUGUACGUUGCGUCAGAACUUGUGUUUGCUUGUCGAUGAGGCUCGAACGCAACCCGCAGACUCGGAUCUCUGGCAAGCUCUCAAACGCGUCUCGUUGGACGACCUGGCCCUCAAGCUCGGCGGCUUGGAGAUACCUCUCGACCAAGCACAGAAUGGCGAGACUCAACUCAGCAACGGUCAAAAACAACUGCUUGCCCUCGCCCAGCUUUUGAUCGCAUGCCAAGCGAUUCGAGCGAGCCACGACGGCCAAAACGGCACACUGUUGAUUUUGGAUGAACCAACAGCUUCCCUAGACGAGGCAGGCGAUGCACUGUUACGCCAACUUUUGCACGAUGUCACUGCCUUUGGAGGGUUCACUACAUUGAUGGUUUCUCAUCGCUUCGGUCCUGUUUUGUGUUGCGACAAGGUCUUGCUCUUGCGCAAACACAGCAAUGCCAACGAAGAGAAUGAAGAGUCGUUCGAGUUUGGACAACCAGAACAGCUAUUCAGGGACAACAACUCGGCGUUUGGUGCUCUUGCUCGUGACGCCGGCGUUGUCGAUUGGAAGCAACACUGUAUUUGA